AUGAUUCACACAGGGGAAUGGCCAUACAAGUGUGGGAAGGGCUUCCGCUACAGAUCCACUCUUGUGACCCACCAACGCAUCCACACGGGAGAGAAGUCCUACGAGUGUCCCGAGUGCCAGAAGAGGUUUCAGAGCAGCUCUCACCUCCUCCGCCACCAGCGAAUUCACACAGAUGUGAGGCCCUUCCACUGCCCCGACUGUGGGAAGGGCUUCAAGCGCAGCUCCCACCUCAUCAGCCACCAGUGCAUCCACACUGGAGAGAGGCCCUACAAGUGUCCCCAGUGUGGGAAGAGGUUUCAGACCAGCUCCAGUCUACUCCUGCAUGAGCGCAUUCACACGGAUGAGAGGCCCUUCCACUGCCCCCACUGCGCGAAGGGAUUCAAGCACAAUUCCACCCUCAUCACCCACCGGCGCCUCUAUGCUGAGGAGAGGCCCUACGAGUGUCCCCAGUGUGGGAAGAGCUUCACCAGCAGCUCUCCCUUGAACAGACACCAACGGAGGCACCAGUAA